AUGGCGACGACACCGGCAGGCGUCCGUGGCGGCGGCGAGGUUUCUGUCCCAAUUCCUGGUGCGUCCGCGGGAGCUGCAGCAGGUGGCGAGCUGCAGCAGCGUGAGCGGUCGCUGAACCGCUUCGUGCGAGCUGUUGCCUUCUGGGAAUGGGCGGGAAACGCGUUCGGCGCGCUGGCCUUCCUCUGGGCGACCGUCGUCUUGCUUGGCGGCUUCUGCUCUGAUCUGGAGCCACUGGAUUUCUGGUCUGCCAUGGUGAUUAUCUUCAUAGAAGCCUUCAGGAUUUUUAGCCGCAACUACAAGUCGGACAACCAGUGGUUGUUCGGGACGACAAGGGCACUAAGAUGGACUAACGUGUCUUCCAUUCGCAUGUUAAGGCGGCCACAAGAAGGGAAUGAAGUUGUGCUGAUCAUGGGUUUGUGGAUCGACCUCGUUAUCUGGUUACCUGUUGUUGGACCUAUGUUCGAUGGUAUUCUACAGGUGGCGUUGCUAAUCGUUAUGAGCAAGAUGCAGCUCCGAGGUGCUUCUCAGCAGACUAGUCGGUCCCAGCGGUGCCGACGACUAUUGCUGCUGUGGGCUGUUCUGAUUGCUUAUAUAAUUGUGUAUGCUCUCAAGUUAAGUCGGGCUAUGGAUGAUCUCGAAGUUCCCAUGCUUAUUAUGCCAUUCAGAGCAAGGACAGAUUACGAGAAGUAUUCUACGCCCGAAUUUGAGCUUGCCUCCGCGUCAACAGAGCUACUAACAAUGGUGGUGGCAGCGUUGCUUCUUAUUUCAAGGCCCCGAAUAAUUGCCCACCUAACAAGUAUUUCUUUGGGACGCAGUCUACUAUCUUUGGCCAAACUGGUUUCAGCCAUCAGCCUGGUUUUUGGUUCGAUGCUGCUUGUGUGGCCGAAAGCAUUUGAAGUUGGCGAUCAUCAAGUAGUAGACCCCAAUAGUUUCAUCAUAUCAUUGGCAACAAUGGUACUAUCACUUGGCAGCCUACAGACUCCGACAACUGAAAAUUGUAGUCUGGUUAUUGGCCGCUGGAUCGACGUGACCCUACACAUGUUGUUCCUUUGGUAUUUGACUGUAGGUAUGUCUAUGCUGCUUGAUAAUGUUUGGGGUGUACAACUGUCUCUCGCUGCAUCCAUUGUAUCUGUGGUAGCUGUGCUACUGAUUGAGAAUUUGCAGAUCCCGGCCGCUGUCCUUCAGGUCAUGCUCUCGUCUUCGCGGAUUCACAACCUGCAGUAUGAUUAUCCCCAGCCAGCAUCAAACUUGGUGCCAGCGAUCGAAGUCUUCUAUGUGCUGGCAAUAUGCCAAGGUUGUUUCUACAUCACAGCAAGCAUCCUCGGGCUCUUCUCCUUCUUCCCACGAAGAAUGCUUGUCCGUCAGUCAAAACUCAGAGGUCAGCGGGGAGCCAAAGCCAUCGAUCUAUACUACGAGUCUGCCUACUCCGCAUGCAUGGAAACUGGCUUGUUUGCUGCAAGAAAAACGGUGAGCCUUGCUAGCUUCGCCGAAGAGUCCCUAAGCUCCAGUUCAAUCGAAACACAGCUAGCUGGUGUUCUCCUUCUUGGCAACCUCCUGCAUGAAAGCUGGGGAACCGAUUCCAUUGAAGAGAUGAGGUAA